GGAGAAAUUGGUGCAUUUUACAUUGAUUUUAGUAUGAUGAGUCGUCACCAUGGAACCUUUAAGAAACUCAACAUCCCAGGACCAGCACCCUGGCCAAUCAUUGGCAGUCUCAUUGAAAUCAAUACGGGGGGAUUUCAAAAGUUCCAAAUGGAUUGUAUGAGGAAGUAUGGAAAGGUUUACGGAUUUUAUGGUGGAUUAUCGCCAAUGACGAUUGAAAUAGGGGACAAGGAGAUGCUGAGAAUAAUUCUUGUGAAAGAAUUCGCUAACUUUACGGAUCGAAUAGUGUUUAAAGGAUUCAAUGGAGACGUGGAUACAGGUAUCAACAACCUAAGUGGAGAUCACUGGAGACACGUGCGUAGCAAGAUAACUCCCGCAUUCUCCACUGGGAAACUGCGUAAAAUGGCCCCCUUGAUAGACCACGCUAGUGACACACUUGUUGAAUCACUGAUGAGAAAUGUGAAGGGUGGCAACGACGUGAUUGAAAUGAUGGAAGUAUAUGGAGGCUACACUAUGGAUGUGAUCUGUUCUACAGCUUUCGGUAUUCAAAUAGAUUCACAAAACAACCCAAAUGAUGAAUUCGUUACCAACGCUAGAAAAUUUUUGAAUUUGAAACUGGCCUCUCCACUCAUCUUAGUCUUGAUAUUUUUGCCAAAACUCCAUUUCCUUAUGCCUCUCAUGGGAUGGUCUUUCCUAGAUAAAGAUAUUCAGGCUUUUUUCCGCAGAGUUACAACUACACUUCUUGCUGCACGCAUUGCAGGGGACAAGAGUCGUGUAGAUUUCCUUCAAUUAAUGAAAAAUGCCCAAUAUGAAAAGGAAGAUUCGGACGAGGAGGAUGACAAUGAAUACAUUUCUGUAAAGAAACCAUCCACAUCCUGGUCUAGGAAAGGUAUCACAUUUGAUGAAAUUCUCGGGAAUGCCGAAACGUUUUUCUUUGCUGGCUAUGAGACUACAACAAUAACAUUGUCUAUGGCAUCAUACUAUCUGGCUAUGUACCCAGAGUACCAGGAUAAACUGCGCCAGGAAUUAUUGGACAAGAUAGGCUCCAAAACAAUGACUUAUGACAAUAUUCGUGAUGUCGAGUACCUCGAAAUGGUCAUUAACGAAACACUCCGCAUCAGCCCUCCUGCCACACGGACUGACAGGGUCUGCUUGAAAGAUACGGAGGUUAAUGGUAUCAAGAUCCCAGCUGGCAUGAACAUCAGUGUACCAAUAUAUGGUAUACACCACGAUCCGGACAACUGGAGAGAUCCGGAAAAAUUCAUCCCGGAAAGAUUUGCGGAGAAGGACAGCUAUGAUCCUAUGACGUUUCUUCCUUUCGGAUACGGACCACGGAUAUGUAUUGGCAUGAGACUUGUUCAGAUGGAGUUGAAACUGUCACUUGCAAAAGUCAUACGUAAUUUCCGGAUUUCCAUUUCUAGCGAAACGCAGAUUCCCCCUGAGAUGAUGAAGCUGGGAUUGUUAAAACCGAAAACUGUAAAACUCAAACUGGAGGAGAUCAAGUAAACAGCUAACCCGUGUGGCUCUAAAAGGAAAGGGGUUUUAACUGUACAAGUGGUUAACAAAACUGAAAAACAACGAUUGGAGACAAAACAAUAGGCAAGUUCAGGCACAUUCGUCACAUUAGUAAGGGUUUCGGUUAAUAAUUUGUCCAAAAACGCAUGUAUCAAAAUGCCGACGAGCACCAGUACAGAAGAAGAUUUGACUGAAAUGCCGAUAAAUAAACAUUGUUGUAAACACGCCUGAAUGACGUCACGCAACAACAUUUGUGACGUCAUCAGGACUUCCGUUGUUUUGCUCAAAGGUGCAGGCAGUGUCGCAACCUUCAAACAUUUUACUAAUUUACAAGUAAUCUAAGUGUUUAAAUGUAAAAGUUUUGUAUGUUUAUGUUACACUAGUCGUACUGAUACGAACAGCUCCAAAUGUGUGUGUGUGUAACAAUGGUUAACAUUGAAUUACAUGGCUUAUUUUAGUUUUGGUAGCUAAUUUUCUGUAACUUGAAGAAACUGAUUGAUGUUGUUUGAAAAACAUGGCUGAUAUCGGCUGAGAUGAUGUCAAUUUAAAUGAUACGCAAUAAAGACUCAUUCCUGAACAACUAUAAACUUCCAAAUCGCUGCCCAACAUUAUAUUUUUCAUCGGGUCCGGAUGAGAGGAUCCAGGGUUUUCAAUGAUCUUCUUUAAGUGUUGUAAGAUGGUUGAAUGCAAGACGCAAACAACACUUUCAAAAGAUCGGAUCUUUCCGAUCGUCAUUUCCAUACACACAUUGGAUCGUCAGUACAUUGUAAGUACCAAAGUACACUUGUAGAAAAUCAAUUUACUUGCGAUGACGACUCAGUCGACCAAUAACUGCAAUUAACGUUGAGGUAUGGAUAUUUGCAAUGUGUAUAUAAUGAUUUUUUCACUAAAUAACAAAUAAAUUGCCUCAGAUUAAUGAGUUUAGUUGACGAGAUGUCCGUCGCGAAGACCAAGUUUAUAAGAUUCGUUGUGCUACAAGAUAUUUCAUAACUGGUUUGAUAAAUAAAAUAUUGUUUCCCUUCUCA